GGCCGCUGGCAAGCGCGAUGCCAGCGGCAGCCGGGGACGGGCUCCUGGGCGAGCCGGCGGCGCCCGGGGGCGGCGGGGGCGCUGAAGAUGCGGCCAGGCCGGCGGCGGCCUGCGAGGGAAGUUUCCUGCCGGCCUGGGUGAGUGUCGUGCCCCGAGAGCGGCUCCGUGACUUCCAGCACCACAAGCGCGUGGGCAACUACCUCAUCGGCAGCAGGAAGCUGGGCGAGGGCUCCUUCGCCAAGGUGCGCGAGGGGCUACACGUGCUGACCGGAGAGAAGGUGGCCAUAAAAGUCAUUGACAAAAAGAGAGCCAAAAAAGACACCUAUGUCACCAAAAACCUUCGGCGAGAGGGGCAGAUCCAGCAGAUGAUCCGCCAUCCCAACAUCACGCAGCUCCUUGAUAUCUUGGAGACGGACAACAGCUACUACCUGGUCAUGGAGCUGUGUCCUGGGGGCAACCUAAUGCACAAGAUAUACGAGAAGAAGCGGCUGGAGGAGUCUGAAGCCCGCAGAUACAUCCGGCAGCUUAUCUCUGCCGUGGAGCACCUGCACCGGGUGGGGGUGGUCCACAGAGACUUGAAGAUAGAAAAUUUGCUGCUGGAUGAAGACAAUAAUAUCAAGCUGAUUGACUUUGGUUUGAGCAACUGCGCAGGGAUCCUGGGCCACUCGGACCCGUUCAGCACACAGUGUGGCAGCCCCGCCUACGCCGCGCCGGAACUUCUGGCCAGGAAGAAAUAUGGCCCCAAGAUCGAUGUCUGGUCCAUAGGUGUGAACAUGUAUGCCAUGUUGACUGGGACGCUGCCUUUCACAGUGGAGCCCUUUAGCCUGAGGGCUUUGUACCAGAAGAUGGUGGACAAGGAAAUGAACCCCCUCCCCACCCAGCUCUCCACAGGAGCCAUCAACUUCCUGCGCUCUCUCCUGGAACCUGACCCUGUGAAGAGGCCCAAUAUUCAGCAGGCACUGGCCAAUCGCUGGCUUAAUGAGAAUUACAUGGGCAAAGUGCCAUGUAAUGUCACCUAUCCCAACAGGAUUUCCCUGGAAGACUUGAGCCCGAGUGUGGUGCUGCACAUGACCGAGAAACUGGGCUACAAGAACAGCGACGUGAUCAACACCGUGCUGUCCAACCGCGCCUGUCACAUCCUGGCUGUCUACUUCCUCUUAAAUAAGAAACUCGAGCGCUAUUUGUCAGGGAAAUCUGACAACCAGGACAGCAUCUGCUGCAAGACCCAGCUCUACCAGAUAGAAAAGUGCAGGCCCAACAAAGAGCCCUAUGAGGCCUCCUUGGACACCUGGACUAGAGACCUUGAAUUCCAUGCUGUGCAGGAUAAAAAGCCCAAAGAACAAGAAAAAAGAGGGGAUUUUCUUCAUCGGCCAUUUUCCAAGAAGUUGGACAAGAACCUGCCCUCACACAAACAGCCCUCUGCCUCGCUCAUCACGCAGAUUCAGAACACCAAGGCCCUGCUGAGGGACCGGAAGGCCCCCAAGUCUGGCUUUCCCGACAAAGAUUCCUUUGGCUGCCGCAAUAUUUUCCGUAAAACCUCAGACUCCAAUUGUGUGGCUUCUUCUUCCAUGGAGUUCAUCCCUGUCCCACCUCCCAGAACCCCCAGAAUUGUCAAGAAACCGGAGUCCCCUCAGCAGGGGCCUGGGAGCACCAGCGUCCCCCCCAAGGAAGACCCUCUGAUGCUGGAUAUGGUCCGCUCCUUCGAGUCAGUCGAUCACGACGACCAGACAGAACUGCUCUCCCCGUCUCAUCACUAUAGGAUUCUGAACUCCCCCGGGGGCUGGGCCCGUGGGAAACCCGGUGAGCGGACGCUCUCGCCAGUCCUGCUGCCCGGAAGCCCGUCACCUCUCCAAACUCCUUUGCAUCCCACUCUGGUCUCCUUUGCUCAUGAAGAUAAGAACUGCCCCCCAAAGCAGGAGGGCGUGUGCUCCCCACCUCUGGUUUCCGGCAACGGCACCACGCGACCCCUGGGGAGCCCGAACGGUGUGACGAGCCGAGGCAGGUUCCCCAUGAUGGGUGUUGGACAGAUGCUGAGGAAGCGGCAUCAGAGCCAGCAGCCGGCUGCAGACAGGCCCCUGGAGGCCAGCCUGCCGCCGCUGCAGCCCCUGGCCCCCACGAGCCUCUCCUUUGACAUGGCUGAUGGCGUCAAAGGCCAGUGUUAACCUGGGCCAGCACUGGGACCGUGGGGCUUGCUGAGGAAAGCAGUGGAACAGCGCCACGUGUCGGUCAGGGUGGGAAGAGUCCAAGGCCUCUCGUGGAGCAUCCUUCGUGGCCAUGCAGUGUCCCAUCUGUGGAACAGGUGGAAUCCACAGACCCAAAGCCUGCACUGCGCAGUCCUGUGUAGGGACCCCGGAGAGGCUGGGAUUCCCUAGGAGGGUUGUCUACCGGCGGGCGCCGCCGGUAAUCGUUCACCUCCUCCUUCCUCCCACCUACUCACUGGCCCUCCACCCACCUCCCUCAGCUGGACUCAGGGGUGAACACCGUGCAUCGGCCUCUGGGUGACUCAGAUUAGACUGUUACCAGAUCUUUUUUCACUGUGUGCUCUGCUUGUGCCUCUCAGUGGAUCAUUCUCUUUUCAGCCAUUGGCCAGAGUCACGUGGGGGACUGAUGGCAGUGUCACAAAGCAGUUCCUCCAGACCAUGGUUUCCCUGCCUUUUGUAGAGGUGCAUACCUAGAGCACCGGGCCCCAGGAACCUCAGAGGAAGAGGGCAGGAACCUCUGCCACCAAUACUGCCCCCUCUGGGCGGAAAGGGACAGCUGGGCAAAGACUGGUCCAAACAGUGGGGACCCCAGUGAAAGGAAAAGACCAAAGGGGGAACUCAUUUCUGAACUAGAUCUUUUUUUUUUAAUUAGGAGAAUACCUUUAUUAUUUUUUAAAUGUUUCAAUAUUCGAUGUAAAAACCUGAAAGAAGAUUUUGACAGUUUUUUCUUUUUUUUUGUUUGAGACUUGCUAAUGGUUAAAUUAUCUCCUCCAAAGAUGAUUUUUCUUUAUGUGAUGUCAUUAAAUCGAAGUAACAUGAUUUUUAAAAACCUGAUGGAGAGAUGAGAAGUGGUUCCACCAAACUCAUAUUUUCACGAGAGGAUAAGCGUGGAGGGCAUGAAAACUCACCCAGGUGGUGUUUUGUGGCUGAUGACCUACAGUGAUUGAUGGCUCUGCGUUUGUGCCAUUGUAUCAACAUAGCCCUGAUCCUUCCAGAAGGCAUAGGACAUAGUUUCAGUUGGUUAUUCAGAAGGAGAGAAAAUGGUUAAGGUUGAAUUUGGAUGCAUCUGGAAGGCAAGUUACCUUUAAGCUGGCCAUAAAACAAGUGUGGUUUAGAGCUCAGCUAGUUUGCUGUGACGUAUGAGCAAGCGUGCCUGCCAGGGAUCAUGUUCAAAAUACAGUACUGUGUCUUCUUUGAGGAAAGCAGGCUUCCUCAAACAGGCUUUGAGUCCACGUUCUGUUUUCACACCUUUCACCAAGGAUCGAACCAAAGAUGCAUCUCCGGUUCUGUGUCCCUGCUGUCCCUGUGUGCGUUUUGUGGAACACAGUGUUGUCUGACCGCGUCUACCUGGAGCCUGCCAGGGGGGUGUCUCCAUGUGGGGCCUGGGCCCUGGCACUUACUGGGGACUGCUCGGUCAUGAGCAGAAUUGGGAAAAGAAGAAGAAUUGGCACAGGUUGGAGAGCAAUUAAUUCAGGAGACAGAUUACACCAUGGUGUGGAGUCCUCAACUGUUGACUAGAGCAGGCGUGACAGAAACCACUGCUUUGGCCACCCCAGGGCUAGUCCCCUCAGCUCACUGAAACAGGCCACGGACCUUGAGAACUGCAGAGCCCGCCUUUAUUUCCGUGGCAGCCAGCCCAUGCCAGAGAGUGGUGGGAUGCUUCUUCAUCUUUGCUCAUUUACCAGUAGAGACCUCCCUCUGCCCCCACAUCUCUGACCAAGCGAAGAGAGAGCAAAUGUUUGGCUGACCCCCAAGCUACUGCGAUGGCCAGUCUUGGUCGACCGUGACAACACCUGGAGCUGCUGCUUCCCCCUUGAUGGGAUCGCCUCAGCUCUAGGCCUUAUUAGGAGGGAGUCAGGCUCCUAGCUGUUGGUGUGAUUUCUUUGUAUGACUCCAGACUGAGUUCUGGAACUUUCCAUUGAAAAGAGUUUUUUAAUCCGAGAAGAGAAAAGAAGCAUCUGAAAGAGACCCUCUGUCCAUUUGACAUGAAAACAUUUGGUUUUGGAUCAGUGAAGAAACCUGUUUUGAAGAUGGUUUCCAGCUACAGGUGUCCCGCUGUGCAGGUUCCCAGGCUGUGUACCCGUGCCUUGUGAACUUGUAGCCCUUGAUGUCUCUUUCUUGUAUUUGACUUUCCUUGAGAACAUGAGCUUUUCUGUGUCACUGUUAUCUCAUUGGGACAUGUUUCCUGUUCCUCAAAUGCUUCAAGAACAGCUGUAGACUGUCAUACAACUAACUGACCAGGUCACCAUUGGUAACUUGAACUGUGAACUCAGGUUUAUUCUGAACCCAGUGAGAGGUGAGAGGGAGUGAGGAUGGAGGGUGAACUGUAUUUUUUGUGUGCGCACCUGACAAAUCUAUGAAAUCGAAUGAAAGAAGAAAUGUUAAAUUCUUUAUUAUUUUAUUAUAUUUAUAUGGAAAACUUGACUCUCCCUUUGGUAAG